AUGCAGCAUAUUCAAGAAGUAGGAAGGCAGCAUUCAUAUGCUGCACCUGUGCCUCCCAUAAACAAUCAACAGAAUUUUUUAAAGCCACCAAUUGCGGGAGAGCAGAAUUUGUCAAAUUCACAGAUGCAUUCUCACUUACUGUCAGCACCACCUACAGAUCACUCUCAAAUAAUGAAUCCUCCAAUGACGGGUGUUCCUGGCCCUCAGAUACCUUCACGUUUGCCUACAGGUCCACAUGGACCACAUGGUCAAAUUUCUACAGGUCAUCAAGCUCAUGGGACUAAUCUUCCAAAUGCUAACUUACUCCAAUCUGGAAUGGCACCAUAUAAUUCUGUACUACCACCACCAUUGCCGUCACAAGGUGUAGCAAGUCCAAUGGAUCCAGAUUUGUCAUCGCAGAUUGUGCCACCAAAUCUAACUGGACAAUCUAUAGCAAGCCCUCCUCCAGUUGGACCUGGUUUUCACCAAGCUCGACAAAAGCAAUAUUUACAAAAUGCUCCAAUGCCUCCAAUGCCACCAAUGCCACCAGGCCAAACUGCAACAAAUCCUACAGGACCAGGCUUACUGCCGCCUGCACAGAGACAGUAUGCCUGGACAGGUUCCACUAUGCCUCCAUUAUCAGGACAGACCUUAUCCAGUCCUUUAGGAGUGAACCGUGCAUCACCUGGUGUCACUCCAGGCUAUCAACAACCGCCAUACCAACAGCCAUAUCAUAACCAGAUGGAUAUGUAUAAUAAUCAAAGAAAUCCAUAUCAAGGUGCCCCUAAUGCUACAGGAUAUCAACCAGGAUUACAGCCUCAGCAAGCUAGACGACUUGACCCAGAACAAAUGCCAAGUCCAAUUCAAGUAAUGCUAGAUGAUCAAAAUAUGAAAGGUGGAGUGUUUGUGACAAAUCAGAAAGGUCUGGUACCACCUUUGGUGACGACAAAUUUUGUAACUCAGGAUCAAGGAAAUGCUUCCCCCAGAUACAUCAGGUCUACUAUGUAUACUAUUCCCACUACCUCCGAUAUUAUAAAGCAGACUAAUAUUCCUUUUGGACUUGUAAUAAGUCCAAUGGCUCGUAUUGUUCAAGGAGAAUGUGAACCACCAAUUGUAGAUAUGGGUGAAAUUGGACCAGUACGUUGUGUGCGUUGUAAAGCAUACAUGUGUCCAUUUAUGCAGUUUAUCGAUGCUGGCCGACGAUUUCAGUGCUUGUUUUGUAAAGCAACAACAGAAGUUCCAAAUGAGUAUUUCCAACACUUGGAUCAUACAGGUCAACGUUUAGAUCGUUAUGAGAGACCUGAAUUAAUGUUGGGUACAUUUGAAUAUAUAGCCACAAAAGAUUACUGCAGGGAUAACGUUUUUCCGAAAUCACCAGCCAUUGUGUUCAUAAUUGAUGUAUCUUACAAUACAGUUAAAUCUGGAUUAGUGGACUUAUUAUGUACAAAAAUGAAAUCUAUAAUAAAGAAUUUACCUAUUGAUGCUGGACAAACGAAAAGCAACAUGAAAGUUGGCUUUAUAACAUAUAAUAAUACUGUGCAUUUCUAUAACAUCAAUUCUUGUCUUGCUCAACCGCAAAUGAUGGUUGUUGGAGAUAUCCAAGAUGUAUUUAUGCCACUUUUGGAUGGAUUUCUAUGCGAUGUCGAGGAGAGUGAAGCAGUUAUUGAUAGCCUUAUGGCACAAAUUCCUCAAAUGUUUGCGGACACUCGAGAAACAGAAACGAUUCUUGCUCCUGCCAUACAAGCUGGAUUAGAAGCGUUAAAAGCAUCUGAACGUUCUGGUAAAUUGUUAAUAUUCCAUUCAUCUUUACCAAUUGCUGAAGCACCUGGAAAAUUGAAAAACCGUGACGAUCGUAAAGUGCUCGGAACAGAUAAAGAAAAAACGGUAUUAGUUCCACAAAACAAUGUUUAUAACAAUUUGGGUCAAGAAUGUGUUGGUGCAGGUUGCAGUGUAGACUUGUUUAUUUUUAAUAAUUCGUACGUAGAUAUAGCAACAAUUGGUCAAAUUUGUCGUCUUACUGGAGGAGAGAUUUACAAGUAUACUUAUUUCCAGGCUGAUAUUGAUGGUGAAAGAUUAAUUUCAGAUGUAAUUAAUAAUAUUGGUAGACCACUCGCUUUCGAUGCUGUUAUGCGAGUACGUACAUCUACAGGUGUUAGGGCAACUGAUUUUUAUGGACAUUACUUUAUGUCUAAUACAACUGACAUGGAACUAGCCAGUAUAGAUUGCGAUAAGGCUAUUGGAAUAGAAAUUAAACAUGAUGACAAACUGACGGAUGAUGAAAGUGUGUAUAUUCAAGUGGCUUUAUUGUACACUUCCUGUGGUGGUAUUAGAAGAUUGCGAAUCAUGAAUUUGAGUCUGAAAACUUCGUCACAAAUGGUCGAAUUAUAUCGCACAUGCGAUUUGGAUGCCAUUAUAAAUUACUUUUCUAAGCAAAGUGUUUUUAAAUUAUUGGAAUCUACUCCAAAAGCGGUGAAAGACAACUUGAUUGCGCGAUGCGCAAAUAUGCUGGCCAUAUAUCGAAAACAUUGUGCUACGCCAUCCAGUGCUGGACAAUUAAUAUUACCGGAAUGCAUGAAAUUACUUCCGCUUUAUAUAAACUGUUUAUUGAAAAAUGAUGCAUUAUCAGGAGGAGCUGAUAUGACUAUUGAUGAUAGAUCUUAUGUAAUGCAAGCAGUUGCAACAAUGCCUAUUUCCAUAUCCGUUGCAUAUACUUAUCCCAGAUUAUUUCCUUUACACGAUGUUGAUCCUCAGGAUACGGAACUACCUCCAAUGUUGCGUUGCUCUAUCGAUAAAUUUACAAAUGACGGCGCCUAUUUACUUGAAAACACCAUCCAUAUGUUCCUAUGGCUGGGUAUGGAACUUUCCUCCCAAUGGGUACAGAGUGUCUUUGGCGUAUCAUCGGUAGUUCAAAUCAAUACAGAUCACGCCGUACUGCCGAUGUUGGACACACCUUUAAAUAAUAGAAUUAGGAGUAUUAUUAAUCAAAUACGCACAGAAAGACAUCGCUGUGUUAAACUAACGAUAGUAAAACAACGUGAAAAAUUGGAAAUGGUAUUGCGUCAUUUCUUGGUUGAAGAUAGAGGAAAUGAUGGAAGUCCUAGCUAUGUCGAUUUCCUGUGUCACAUGCACAAAGAAAUAAGAACACUUCUUAGCCAAUAAAUAAUUUUCUUAAGUACUCAGCUAGCUUGUAUACUCGAACUCUGGCUCUUUUGCAUCUAAUGAUUUGUUAUUUCAUUGCCUAAAGCAAUUCAAGCAAGCUUUGUACUCGAUUAUUUUUGUGCGUCCAAACACUUAUUAAACGUUACACCUACAUAUACACAAACGUAAGAUGUCCAUUUGUGCAUAUUAAAUAGUUUGUUUCACUAUUUUUAAUAAUAGAAAAAAUUCUAGCUACAAGAUUUUAUGGGUUUAAAAGACGCAUAAUGUAACAUCACAUCGUUGUGCCUAGAAAUAAUUUCAAGGCUAACUCGAUUUUUUUUAAUGGGAACAAAUGAUUGUUCUUAUAUAAUAUAAUUCCUCUAAUAAUUCUGUAUGUAAGAAAGUAUUAAAAUAUGAAUAUAAAAAAUUAAUGAAAAUCAAUUGUUUUAUUCUGGCUUAUUUUAACAUGCCAGAAAUAUAAAGCACUUUCAAAUAUUUUUUUUUUACACUUUUAUAUCUAUAAAAUAAUGAGAUAAUUUGAUGUAUAAAACUUUUUUUAAAUAGGAAAACGUUAAUAUAAUUUGCAAUAUGCCGUUACUUGCUUUUUUAAAUUGGAUAUACUGAUUGAUUCUAUAUUGUGUAUAAAGUAUUAAAGAGAUAAUUUAAAAAAUAUUGUUUGAAAUAUCUUUUAUAUGUUAAAAUAUUUUUGAAUAAAAUAUAUAAUUAUAUUUGUAAAUAAUUUUUCUACGACUUUGUUGUAGCUCAUUAUUGUUGUAACUGAAUAAUUAGAAAAUUUAUAUUACACAAGAAAAAAAAUUAUAUUAAAAAUAGAAUAUGAAAAAGUUAUUAUUGAAGUCUUAUGUCCAUAUAUAUUGAAAAUAUUGCUAUUACAUUACAUGUCUCUUGAAACUCUAAAACUUUGUAGCUUUAAUUAUUUUCUGUUAUUUAAAAUAGUGAAAAUAUGCAACAUAGGACACAAAUGAGAGUAUACAGAUACUAUUCUGUAUAUGUAUAUAUGUACAUUACACGCGCGCUUAUGUGUGCGUGCAAUAUGUUUGUGGAUUUGAGGAGACUUUAAAGUAUAAAUGUAUUCUUCAAAAAAUAUAUAAUCAUUCUCUUUCAGAAAUAAAAAUUGAAUUGUCAAAUAAUUAUUCUAUAAAAUUAAUUAUUUCAAUCAAAUUUAAUCACACAAAAGUCAAUAUUUGUUUAUAUAUUUGUAUUUUUAUGUAUCUUAGCAGAUAGCGCUGCUUAUAAAUAAACAUUAAGCUGUAGAAUGACUAUAAAGGUCUUCAUUUAAAACUUGAUAUAAAAGAUUGACGAGUUUUAUUUAUCAAUUUAGAGUAAAAAGAAUUUUAUUUAUAGUUUUGAAAUGAAUACAUGUGUACUUUGCAUCAGUCUCUAUUUUAAAUUUAUUCCAUCAUAAGGCGUACAGAGUUGGAACAUUAUUUUUUUAAAGUAAUGCGUUACCGUUACUGUUACUUAAAAAGUAACAAUUAUUUACUUUUUUUACGAGAUUAUGAUGACUUUUUUAGAGUGAUACCUAAUUGUCUAUAUCACUAUUUUAACAAGUUAAAUACAAAAUCUUUGAUUAAUCGCAAAUAUGACGCGCGCGCGCACGACACACACACACACACACACACAUACGCGCGCACGCAUAUGUAUACAACGCAUGUAUUAUAUAUUUAUAAAACUAAUAGUAAAAUUCGUUACUAUAACUAAUUAUAAAAAUGUAAUGCAUAUUAUCGUUGCCGUUUCUUCAGAUAGAAGAAAGUAAUGAUUGUUAUUAAAAAAAGUAAUAGUAACGGUGUUACAAGUAAUGUGUUAUUUUCCAAUCCUGCAGCACGUAUACACGAACUGACAGAGAUAGAUUUGAAAGAUUACGACUAAUCAUUCCGAUAGAUAUCGAUACAUACGGAAGCAUAAUCACUUUUACAAUCUUUCAGUCUUACAGAAAGCACAUGGAUAUUUAUAAAUUGUAUUACUUUAUACUUUAGAUUAUUAAUGUUAUUAUCGUAUUACGUUAAUAAAGCAUAUAAAAUCAUAUAAACUCAUAUG